AUGUCAGCCAAUAUACCUAACUUAAUUCCACCCGAAAACUUUACACCAAUACUUUCACCUGAACUUAAUGUCGAACAAAAAGAGAUCUUUACCGAAUUUUCCAACUAUGUAGACACUAUCUUGUUACCCGAAGAUGAUCCUCAUCAUCAGACUGAGCGUUCUUGGGUUACCGAUGCUUGUUUAAAACGUUACCUUCGAGCUUCCAAAUGGCAGUUAGCUGAAGCUAAAGCUAGGUUAAGAUACAGUUUAGAGUGGCGAAGAGAGUAUAAGCCUGCGGAUAUUGAACCUGAAAGAGUUGAGCCUGAGGUCGUUACUGGUAAAAUACAUAUCAAUGGAUUUGAUAAACAUGGACGACCUAUUAUUUAUUUGAGGCCAGGAUUAGAAAAUACAAAAGCAGGGCCUAGACAAGUUUUAACCGUUGUAUUUAUGUUUGAAAGUGCAAUUAAAUUAAUGCCAAAAGAUGUAGAUAACAUUAUUAUCAUUGUCGAUUUUCACGAGUGUUCUGCUCGUAAAAGUCCUGGUCUGGGAAUUGCCAAGGAAUUCAUGCAUGUUUUAGGAUCCCAUUAUCCUGAAAGACUGGCAAUGGCGCUAGUUGUUAAUGCUCCUUGGUACUUUUGGGGAUUUUUCAAACUUAUAUCUCCCUUUAUAGACCCUGUCACGAAGAAUAAGAUAAAAUUUGUUGAUCUUGAAAAUCCGGAUAGAAUGAAUUCCAACCCACAAUGGAUUAAUAUAUUAGAUGAAAUUGAUAAGAAUCAAUUAGAAAGCGUAUAUGGUGGGAACCAAGAAUUUGUUUACAAUCACGAAAUUUAUUGGGACACGCUAUUAAAAGGAAUUGGAAAGAAGUAA